AUGUAUUGUUGGUCUGAUUCUCCCUUCUGUCUUUGUAACUCUGCACAGAAAAAAAAGCCAUUAGCUCAAUGUCCUGGAAAAACCACUCAGUGUUGAUGGAAUUGGUGUUUUUGGCCUAUCCAUCCUGUCCCGAACUGCGGGUCCUGUCCUUCCUUGGACUCAGCCUGGUUUAUGCUUUGAUCAUCGUUGGGAAUGUCCUCAUUGUGUUGGCCCUCCGGUCAGAUGCUCGCCUACAUACACCCAUGUACUAUUUCCUGGGCAGCCUUUCAGGGGUAGAAAUAUGCUACACGACUGUAGUUGUGCCCCAUAUGUUGUCAAACUCCAUAAAGACACAGAAAACCAUCACCUUCCUGGGCUGUGCCACUCAGAUGGUGUUCUUCGUUGGACUUGGCAGUGCUGAUUGCUUCCUUUUGGCUGCUAUGGCCUAUGACCGGUAUGUUGCCAUUUGCCACCCCUUGCAGUACCCUCUCAUCAUGACGUGGACUCUCUGUGGACGCUUGAUUGUGGCCUCUGUGGUCAUUGGUUUCUUCCUGUCCACUCAGCUGGUGGUCUUCAUCUUCUUCCUGCCGUUCUGCCAGGCUCGAGGUAUCAAGCACUUCUUUUGUGAUGUGCCCCCCGUGAUGCAGCUUGUUUGCACCAACAGCCACUUGCAUGAGCACUCCGUGCUGGUGGCAGCCACCUUAGCUAUUGCUGUGCCUUUCUUCCUCAUUGCUACCUCCUAUGCCUUCAUAGUGUCCGCCGUACUCAAGAUCCACUCAGCAGCUGGCCGCAGCCGAGCCUGCUCCACCUGCUCCUCCCACCUCACUGUGGUCCUGCUGCAGUACGGCUGCUGCGCCUUCAUGUACCUGCGACCCAGCUCCAGCUACUCCCCCAAGAAAGAUCAACUCCUUUCACUGGUCUACACCCUGGGCACCCCACUGCUCAACCCACUCAUCUACACUCUGAGAAACAAUGAGGUUAAAGGAGCCCUUGGGAGAAUUCUCACCAGGCAUUGCCUCUCCAAGAGGGGAAGGGAAAAACCCAUCAAGUAA